AUGUUUUCCACGAAACCAGUCAAUUCGCUGCGUAAGCUCUUUGCUGGCUACCAUGAACCCCCGGGUCUUUCGGCGCAGCAAUCGCAAAAGCUACUCGACGCUCUGAAAUCAUCCUUUCGUCUACAACUUGAACAAGAAUACGGUCAGACCGCUCUGACCAAGCACACCAAUCAUAAAUCCAAGUCUCUCAGCAACUCCUCCUCCGCCUCCAAUGGCGUCGUUCGGCACUCGGCCGCCAGCCGCCAUCUCCGGUCCAUCCUCGCCAACCCGCUCUUCUCAUACAACAAGAACAGCGUCACCGCCGCCGCCACUAUCCCCUCGCCCCUCUCUCUCCCCAAGCGUGACCCGAUGGACGAUUUUGACCAUGCCGUCGCCAAGGGCUUGAUGACGCUCAACGCCGCGGCGGGGUGCGUCAUGACCAAGCAGAAGCAGAUUGACGCCCGCGAGCUGGACACGGGCCCCGCCUCGUCGUCGGGCACGGCGCUGCGCGUCGUGCGCUGGCUACGCUCAACGGGCGCGGAGAACGACUUGGCUUUUCUGGAGCACCAGGCGUUUGUCAAGGCGCUGGCGCCGUUCCUCAUUGCCGAGAAGAUGGAGGAGAUUGCCUGGCAGUGGAUCCAGCAGACGAUGCAGCGCAGUGACAGCCUCGAUGAAGACGCGCGUCUGCGCAGAGCGUCAUUUUUGCUGGCGCAGAUUGUGCACGUCAAGAGCCAGCCGCAGCACGGCAACCUUGACGGAGCUAUCUCCACUAUCCUGCGCGCCGAGCAGCUCCUCGCCAAGAACCCGCUGCUCUCCAAGCUCCUGGUCUUGCCGUGGCGUUCCGUCUCGUGGCUGACCACUGUAGAAUCAUACAGCCGCCUCGCACCCUCGGAACGGCUCUUUGACGCGCACCUCGACACCGCCAGCCGCUUACAGCAGCCGCUCUCCGUCGAGACGGCUCAUCUUCACCUCUAUCAUCCGACGCACCCGGACCCCGCGCUUGCCAUGCAGUUCUUCCGCGACAAAAAGGAGCUCCGCCGGCUUGUGCACGGCAUUACCCAGGAACAGUUUACCCAGGCCAAGCAAAAGAGCCUCGGCGCCGUGCCGUGGGUCGCCUAUCUAGGCUACGAUACUGUCAAUCAUCUGACUUUGUCGGGACUCGGCGAGGAAGCGCAGACUCUUACGCAAAUAUUGCAGGAAGAGCUGGCAGGUCUAUUCACACCGAAAGCAGAACUUAGCUAA